AUGCCCCUUGCAGAUAUGGGGCCUAUUACGGGGAUGUUGCAAACACAACUCCCAGCGGCUCCAAUACACGCUGGACCUCCAUCGCAGACCGUCGAAACGGAACUGCCUCCAGCCAAACCCACAGCACCAGACUCUUCACAUCGAUUCUAUAGAUCGAUAGACAGCGUCAGCCGGGCUGACUCACCAAGCCCCGAAGAGCCAGCACCGACAAACGAAGACGAAUCCCAAGCCUCCAUAGAAGACACCAGAAGAGGAGCCCUUCACACUCUCGCACUCUGCCAAAGUGUCAUCACAACGCUUGAACUCACCCGCCUCCGCAAGUCACGAACAGGCGUCUUCUACUGGCUCGCCUUCUGGGAGCGACUCUAUCCACGGGCCUUCGCACGCUCCCUCGGCUCACGAGUCACUGCCGCCCUCACCAAGGUCGACAUUCUGUUCCGGACCGUCGCAAACGAACUCCACCAGCUCACUCAGCGAAUGGAAUACGCCGUCGCGCACGCCCCAACCGAAAAAGACAUUUUGCUUAUGCUGGAACAAAUGGAAGACGAAGUCGGCGUGCGACGCAGACGGCGACGCAAGAAGGCGCAGGCCAUCCUGAACAAAAUGCGCGUGCAUAUCGAGGGCAUCCCCGUCAAGGUGAGCGAUGAGCUCUUCGACGACAUGAAGCGGGGUGUCUUUGCUUUAGACGUCUUCUGCGACUAUCAUCCUGGAGAUCCGGUGGCGGAGGAGCACGAGUGUAUGUGGCCCGAGUAUUUUGUUCAGCAGUCGGGGAAUAAUGCCGAGGUUGAAUAUCUGGAGGAAGGGUAUUAUGGGGCUGACAAUUGGAGGCCCGAUGAUAGUCGGCCGGCAAGGCGUUGGUGA